AAAUGAGGAAUAAAAGGCAUCAGAUCAUCCAUCAGACUACUGAGCCAUUAGAUGCUUUAUGUACAAAUAAAGACAGAUCUAGAAUUGCAAUUACUGGAAGGACAGUUGUAAAGGUUUUUUCUUCGUGUGAUGAAAAGUUUGAAUUAAUUGCUGAAAGAAACAAGCCGAGAAAGACGAUGUACUUUUCGGGCAGCAUUGCUUGGUGUCCUUUAAGGGAAAAUUUGAUUGCUGUUACUUCUUCUGUUGGAGCGAUUUAUCUUUGGGAUCCAGAAACCACUCAUAACAUUCAAUUCUGCAUGGAAAGCAAAUUGCAAGAUACAUUUGUUACUGCUGGGGACAGCGGUACAAUUCGCUUUUGGGAUGCACGUCGACCAGAUAAACCUUCGAAAGAAUUUAUUGCUCACAGUUCACAGAUCUACAGUAUAGCGUUAAAUCCACAAAUCCAAUCCAAAAAUCUUAUUGCUACAGCUGGUCGUGAUAAAUAUAUUCGUAUUUGGGAUUGGUCUAAAAGUAUGCCGCAAUUUCUUUAUACUGUGGAAAUGAUGGCAAUUGUAACUCGCGUUUCUUGGUGUCCGGACAACUCUUGGCAUGUAGCUUGUUGUUUUGCACCGCCAAGUGGUUUUGUUUCUUCAGACAAUACUAUUUAUGUUUGGGAUAUUCGUCGACCAUUUAUUCCUUUCGCAUCCUUUGAUGCACAUACAAAAACAUGCACUGAUAUGUCAUGGCCAAAAUAUGGAACAGGUGGAACAUUUCUUUCCUGUGGAAAGGAUGGUAAAUUGAUCAUUAACUUCACGAAUGCGCCACUUAGACCUUUUAUUUAUGCAAAUAAUGUUGCACUAGAUACAAACACUUCAUCAACUGAUGAAUUCAUUGUCGCUGUCCCAUCUUCUCGUCGAAAAGGCAGCCCUUUACUUAUGGAUCACUUUGAUUCUUUUCGUCGCCGAUCUCCAAGCAUGAUUUUCUCUAUAUCACCAUCUGAUCCUCUUCUAAUGCCUGUCAAAGCUCUUUAUAAAAUUACUGGAGAUUCCAUUUCUGAACUUUGUGAUUAUAAUGGUCGGGUAGCUGAAUAUAUUUAUAGGGACAGUUUAGCUUAUACUUGGAGGGUGACUGGUUUAUUGGCCUUGCAAGGGGAUAUUGGAACAACAUUGUCUCAUUAUACUAAUCGGCAUGCUCAUUUAGUAUCCUCUUUUGAUAAUGGUCAAAAUGGAUCAUUUGAACGUCUACCAGUUGAUCAUUUUACUCCAAAUUCGAACAAAGCAUUUUUUGACUAUAAUACUAAAAAAGAGCAGCCAAAACAAGCAAUGGAAUGCUUAUCUAAUGUUCACGAAUCUGAAGUUUCAAUGCCUCCAAUUCCCGGAUCACUGCCAUCUCAUAAUGAAUUAAAUACAAAUGAUUUACUUUUUGGAGAUUUGAAUUUUGGAAGUGUUACAGAUGAUGAAGAAUCUAUUGCCACUUCUACUUUCAUUAAUUGCUCACAACUUAAUGAGGAGGUUUUCGAUAUGGGAAGAAGAAAAUACAACAAAAAUCAGCUGCUCAAUUUUUUUGGUGAUUAUCGUCCACAUCAUCAUCAUUUUCACCGUUCUUCGGCACGAAAAAAUCGCCUUCCUUCUCGUAUAGCCGAAGAUCUUGAAUUAGCUUUAUCCUCCAUGAAUUUAACAGAAAGAGAGGAAAUUAAUACUCGGAGAUUAUUUGGAAAAACAAAGGAAGAAAAUGAGGGGAAAGAUGAUGAUGGUUUAAUUGUUGCAAGUAUGAGUACAUUGUCAAAUUCAUCGGAUAAUGACAUUGGACAAUCAGCAUCUGUUGAAGGAGACAGAGAUUUUAUUGAAAAUGUAAAGGAUAUAUCGACAAAAACUGCUGUUUCUGAUAGUGAAGGAGCUGACUCACAAUUUCAAAUUGAAUUAGAAACUAGUUUUUCAUGUUUAUCACAAUGUACACAUAAACAAUGUUCUUCCUUUCAAUUUGACAUAUUGCCUUCACUUAAAUCGUUGCUUGAAUUCUUUUCAGAUUUAGGGGAUGUUCAAAUGUGUGCAACGAUCUGUAUGGUUUUUGGACAGAAAAUUGUUGAUUAUAAAUUAGUUACUCCAAGUCAAGUAGAUAUUUGGUUUCUCGCUUAUAUAGGUACAAAAUUUUUAAAGAAUUUUUAUUUUAAUUUUUAA